AGCCAUUCAAGAUGGCAGCGCUCACAGAACCCUCACGUGUUGGAUCGAAGUCAAACCGAGCAGAGAGAAAGAAACUUGUGUCCAGCAUCAAACAGAAGGCGAAAGAUGUAUUGGGCAGCAAAGAAAAUUCCAACAACAUUGUUGAAAUAUUAGAAUAUCUGCAGCAUGAUGAAAAGGACAUCGUCAAUGCCGCCAUCCAGUCUACCUCGAGGAUCUUCUGUCAUCUCCUGGCCGAGGAUGAGAUGAUCCCAGCCCCUGGUGUGUCGGGUAGCAAGGAGAAGUAUCGGCUCUGGUUGCAGGCCAGGUACAACGAUGCCAUCAGGUGCCUCUGCAAUGUGGUGGGGACGUUUGUGACGGUACCCGUAUUGCAGGAGCUUGCUUUGAGAACACUGAUGAAGUUUGUGGCAGAAGAAUCAAAGCAUCCUUUUAAAAAGGAGGGCUCAUCUUCAAACUACUUCUUUCCCAUUCAUAUUAUUGCUCUUUUGGUGCCACAGCUACUUUCAAAGACUGUAGUGUUCAGUGAGCUGAUUGGUCGGUGUAAGGAAUAUAUGGAGUAUGAUGAUGUCAGAUACCAUGUAUUGCAACACGUUCAACAUCGUAUAUCAAAGCAAGCCAAAGAAAAACUCAACCCGAUGGAGAUGACAACCCUGUGUAACAACACUGUGAAUCUCUUGCAUACAGUAACCAUGCCAACGGAUGAGGAGAGCAUCAACAACUUUCUGGGCAUGAUUCCUGAUCCAGACGAAGGAGGGAAGAUUAUGAACCUCAAAGAGCAUCGCAGAGUCUUCACCAACGCUUGGCUGGCUUUCCUGAGGUUUCCCCUCCCUAACUCGGUCUACAAACAGAUUCUCAUUAAUAUCCACGAGAAUGUGAUGCCUCACAUGACGACACCCCUCCAUCUCACUGAUUUCCUCACAGCGUCUUAUGAUAUAGGUGGAGCUAUUAGUCUGCUUGCUUUGAAUGGCCUCUUCAUUCUCAUCAAUCAGUAUAAUCUAGAGUAUCCUGAUUUCUUCACCAAGCUGUAUGCCAUGUUUGAGCCCUCUCUCUUCCAUGUCAAGUACAAGGCCAGGUUCUUUCAUCUUGCGGACAUGUUCUUAUCUUCAACGCAUUUACCUUCAUAUGUUGUGGCGGCCUUUGCAAAGAGGUUAUCAAGGCUCUCAUUAACAGCGCCCCCACAUGCCCUAAUGAUGCUCAUUCCGUUUGUUUGUAAUCUUCUGAUGAGACAUCCGAACUGUAAGGUGCUGGUACACAGGCCUCAUGGCCCCAGGGAGCUCUCUGAUGACCCUUACAAGAUGGAUGAGCCUAACCCAGCCAAGUGCAAUGCCCUUGAGAGCUCCCUGUGGGAGAUCCAAACACUGAAGUCCCACUAUGACCCUGGUGUGUCUAGGAGUGCAGCAAACAUUGAGAAACCUUUCCCCAAAGUAGAAUGGGACCUGGACCUGGACCUCACCAUACCCCAGAUGGUUGCUAAGGAAACCAAGAAGAAGAUGAAGACGAUGCCCCUGGAGUUUGAACCAGCCAAAGGUCUACUAGGAGGAGGAGGUCAGGACAUGUUUGAUGCCAGGUUCUGGGUGGUUUGAUCAACUACAGUAAAACCUGCUUUAGUGACCACCUGUCUACAAAGACCACCUGUCAACAAGGACCACAUUUUUUCCCCCUUGAAAAUGAUUUCUCAUUGAAACAUGUAG